AUGGAAAAAAGUAAAGACUUUCCUUGUUUGGAUCCAAAUCAAUGUAGCCAUUUCCCUCCCUGCCUUCAAGAUGCCAAACACCACUUCUCAUCCAUCAAUUCACGGUCUAGUCCUAAUCCCAUUAGUUCUCUAUCUACCAAGAAUACACAUUCUUUACAAGACCUUGAAUUUCAAAGGAAACUUGCUUUUCUGAAUCGAAAACACCAACUCAAUCGCCCUCUCGUCCCUUCCCAUCCUCCCAUGGACCCUCGUCCUCUGUUUGCCUCUCCUUCUCACACCCAUCGCGACGACAAAAAUACCAAUUCGAACUUAAUAUUUUUGUCUCCGCGUCGUUCCUCUCCCGAAGACCGCCUUUCCCUUGUCAAACGAGAAGACGCUUCUUCCCACAAACAAAAUCAACUACAAUCUGAGAAAGAAGACCCAAUCAUUGUCAUUAGUGAUUCUGAAGAAGACGAAAAACCAUCGAUUUCUAAAUCCACUUUUGUCGUCAAGGAUGAAAAGCAAGUUAUUCCUACUUCCCCCUACGAUAUUCCAAACGAGGUUAUUGAAACGGGAUACAAACGGCUACGGCUGUAUUCCAACGACAACAAAGGCUCUAUUUCCAAUGUCAAGCCUUCUUGGACUGCGUCUUCUUCCGGAAACGCACCCCAAUCCACAUUGUGGGAUGGUGGAACCAAUGAAAAUCCCAUUUCCCUCACCGACGAUGAAGACGAAACUCACUUUAAUCAACUCCUCGCAGAUGCUUCUGUAAGCAUGGCUGCACCACACCAUCAGCCACCUUUCUAUUCCGAUUCUUCCUUUACCGAUUUGCCCAAUACUUUUCCGUCCCAACACCCAUGGGGUGUUCCUCCUCCUCCUCCUUUAGUUCUGCAUCAACAUCAUCUUUUUCAAGACCAAACGUCUUUGACCCAAAAAGAACAACUCAAAGAGCUUUUCAAAGACUUAGACGAUCAGCUCGAAAGUUCUCCACAAGCUCGAGAAGGCACACCAGCUGGCUUGGUACCUGUGCUUAUGGAGCAUCAAAAAGAGGGCUUGGCUUGGCUUAAGAAAAUGGAAGAAGGUACCAAAAAGGGUGGCGUCCUUGCUGACGAUAUGGGUUUGGGAAAAACUGUACAAAUACUCGCACUACUGGUAUCCAGGCCUUCCAACGAUCCAAAAACUAAAACGACUUUGAUUGUCGCUCCCGUGGCUCUGGUUCAACAAUGGCGCAGAGAAAUUAUUGCAAAAAUCAAACCUUCUAUGCGUCCAACCGUAUACGUGCACCAUGGUCAAUCAAAGAAGCAUAGAUUUGCUAAAGAGCUUACACAGUACGAUGUCGUUCUGACUACUUACAACGUGAUUGCUUAUGAGUACCGACAUAGAAUGGCUUACGAGCAGAGUUUAGAAGAUGGCGCACCUUUAAAAAAAUUCGAGCAUCUACCUUUUUUUGAAGCCAAUUGGUAUCGAGUUGUUUUGGAUGAGGCCCAAACCAUCAAAAACAGAAACACCCUUUCUGCCAGGGGUUGCUGCUUAUUGCAGUCAACUCUUCGAUGGUGUCUCAGUGGUACCCCAAUGCAAAAUGGUAUUGAAGAAUUUUAUAGUUUAGUCAAAUUUUUGAGGAUCCAACCGUAUUGCGAUUGGUCCCACUUUUCAAGAGAUUUUGUUGGUCGAAUGGGUCAAGAAUCUGAUUCAUCCAGAGCUAUGAAGCGCUUCCGUGGACUUAUUAAGGCUGUCUUACUUCGCAGAACGAAGGCUACAAAAAUUGACGGAAAACCUAUUCUUACACUUCCUCCGAAAACCGUGCGAAAAGAAGAAUCUGCUUUAUCCAAACCUGAGAUGGAGUUUUAUAAUGCUUUACAAGCAGGAGCUCAAAUUCAAAUGAGAAAGUACAUGCAAGAGGGUACUGUCACAACCCAUUACGGAAGCAUUUUAGUCUUGCUGCUCCGACUUCGACAAGCUUGUUGCCAUCCUUGGUUACUGGUAGCAAGAGAAACCACCGAUGAUGAUAAUGAUAGUUUUCAGAAAGAGGCCAGGAGUUUGUAUAAUAAGCUUUCAGGUGAAGCUUUAAAUCGUCUGAAGACUACCGAAAUGCUGCGAUGCUCUGUUUGCCAGGAUUAUGUCUUGGAUCUUCAGAUUAUUAUUCCAUGUGGCCAUUUUGUUUGCCGGGAAUGUUUGAGUCAUCUCAUCACGUCUAGUGAAGUUGCGGCUCAGAGAGAUGGUAUGGAAGAAGCAACCCCUAAAUGUGCUGUCUGUUUUGAAUAUAUUACUCCAGACAACUUUUUAAGCUACAAUCUCUUUCGACGUUUUGCUGGGAUGGCACCGAUCAUAGGUUCGGACAAUAAACUGAAAACUGACCGAGUUGCUGAACUAUUGCCGCAGGGUUAUGAUAAUAUCUUGGAGAAUCGUGAACUUGGAAUGAAUAUAUUUACGAACCCCUACAACUGGAUUACGUCUACCAAGAUUGACAAAGCCGUAGGCGAAAUUACUUCUAUUUUAAAAGAACACCCCCAAGACAAAAUUUUAGUGUUCUCUCAAUUUGUGUCUUUUUUAGAGUUGUUCACUGUUCCAUUAAAACAGAAUAAUGUUCAGUUUAUACACUAUCAUGGUGGAUUAAGCCCUACUGCUCGAAAUGAAGCUAUUUUGCAAUUCGAAACCAAUCCAAAUAGUAACGUGCUAUUGAUUUCAUUGAAGGCAGGAAAUGUCGGUCUUAAUUUGACAUGUGCUAAUCACGUACUUGUUCUAGACCCGUUUUGGAAUCCUUAUAUUGAAGAGCAAGCUAUUGAUCGUGCACACCGAAUCGGUCAAAGUAAGCCCGUCAAUGUAUUAAAAAUUACUGUGAAUAAUACAGUGGAAGAGCGAGUAAUUGCUUUACAGGAGAAAAAAAGAGAACUAAUUGAUAGUGCGUUGGGUGAGAAGGGCUUACGGGAAAUUUCACGCUUAAACACAAAGGAGCUGGCCUUCUUGUUUGGUAUGUAA